AUGCGCAAGGCCGACAACGAUGCGUUGCUGCAGAAGAUACUCCCCGGCUUCGCUCUUCUCAAGACGCCGUCCCGAAGACUGAAUGAGGAAGCUGCCCAGGUGCUGGCCGUCGACAAGGAGCUGUCCGCCAUCAUUCAAAUGGGUGGCUCCGUGUCUUCUUUGAGACACUCGCCUGCGGUCUCCAUCUCGGCGGGAACUUUCGGCACUGGUCGCGUCCAUCAUGGCAUGCUCAUCAACGUUAGCACACUUGCCAAAGAAUAUGGCAACCAAGUGUGGUCGUGGGAGGAGUACGCACGCAUUCUGCUGGGCGACGUCGUCUUCGGGAAGGACGCUUCGAAUGAACCGCGCGUUCUGAUUCAGAGCAACACUUCGGAACGCCCUACCGCCCCGUCACUCAAGUCGCCGGACAAGGCCACCCUUCUGCAGGAGUACGUCGCCCAGCAAAAGGCCACCAACGCCCUCUACUGGAGCGACCCGGACCUAGCGGAGGAGAACCUGGAGACGCGGUGGCCAGCGCUGCGUGUCAAGCCGCACGCCGACUACUUCGAGGCACGCAAUGCACUGCUCGUUUCGCCGAGCCUGGUGUCCUUUCUGCCAGCGAUGCUGGCAGGCCUCGACCCACUGCUCGUGCCUGUGCUCGGGUCUGAUGUAGUCCGAGCAUUACUGAGCGCCGUAGUCAGCAGCCAGCUGACUGAUGGUGCAGUCGCUGGCCAGCCGGACUUUGCCGAGGACACUAGCUCCAUGGCUCGACAUAGAGAGAACGCGACCCGUUGUCUGGCCGAGCAGUACGCCAACCAGACCGGUUACCGCCAGGCAUGGCCCCGCUUGCCGGACGAGCUGUUCUUCGACGCGGCGGUUGUGGAGCCUCUCUUCGAACUCUACAGGGCAUACCUCGCCAAGUACCCUGAGCUGCGGGACGGCCCCAACAUUCCCGAGCUGCCUGGCAAGAACUCCCUGGAAUUGUUUUUCGUCAACUACGCUGUGGCGCACUGCGAACAGGUACCGCGAUCAGUGGACGUCCCAACUUCGCGCGGCGGAGAGCGUGUGCUUUCGGCAGCCGCGCGAUUCAACGUGGCUCUGAUGAACUCCAGGGCUUUCGCGGCCGUUUUUCACUGCAAGGAAGACGAUGUGAUGAAUCCACGAAGACGAUGCGAGGUUUGGUAAAACAAAGAUACCGGCUGCCUGAAGGGGGACGCCCAAGUCGACAUCACGUGGAUUCCGUGCGUUCACCAACGUGGGCAUGCCCAAACAGCGUGUUUUUAUUGUGCUUUUAUUCUUCGGCCAGAAUGCAUAAAA